AUGUUGGACUCCAGUGACUGCACCUUGUCUCUGGACAAUCUGUUUUUUGAGAAACCCAUUGUCCUCAAAGUAAAGCCACUGCACCAGGAGGCCAGUCCUUGGCAGCUGGAAGUGCCUCCAUCUCUUUCUCAGAUUCCAGCCACUCAGGAUAUGCAGAAGGAGGCAGAGACAUUUGCUACCCUAUACAGUUUCUCACCGAAAUCCAAGAAGUUUCUCCCUCCUUUCAAAGUAUCAGCUGGCCUUGACAUCUUAUCAAAAAUCAACACUCCUUACAGUUUUAACAAUGACGAGAAAGAGAUUGAGGAGACUCAAGAUGGCAGCAACAGUAACAGCAUCAGUAGAUGUGAUGGCCUUUGGGGAGGUGAAGGGUUCAGGGAUUACUCUCAGGGUCCCUGUCACAGUGGCAGAGGUGGAGAUGAAACUCCGCAGGACUCUGGUCACGCGGCCAUCAGCAGGAGGUGUUUGUCUCUGGACUGCAGCAAAACCCCACCUCUACGGAGAAGCUUGUUCAAGGUUCAGGUGUCGAACGGUGGAGGUGACUCUUCAAACACAGAUGACCUCAGUAGCAGCGGCAGCAGCAGCCAGACAGCAUCCAGACCUCAAACUUUUCUCAGUCAGGUUACCAUGGCGACAGUACCUCCUCCUCUUCAACCGCCACGGACGACAGUUAGCCAAGCAGCUCCUCCUUUCCCCCGAAAGCCCCCCUUUUCACCCCCUCCACUGGGCUCAUCUGCAGCAAGUGGCCGACCCCCGCAGCAGGCGACACAUGCAGAGAUGCCGGACAAGGGCACAAAGAGAGCUUUCGUUCCGCCCAUGAUGCCUCAGCCGCUCUGUAUACAAGGUUCUUCUGGGUCUGAAGUUUUGCGACCUGUUUCUGAAAUCCCAUCUAAGUUCAGAUCCGUCUUCAACAAGUUCCCAUUUUUCAACUACGUUCAGUCCAAAGCACUAGAUGACGUUCUUUACACAGGUAAGAACUUUGUGGCAUGUGCUCCUACUGGAUCGGGUAAAACGGUGCUGUUUGAGCUGGCCAUCAUUCGCCUUCUAAUGGAGACGUCAGAGCCCUGGAGAGACGUCAAAGCUGUCUAUAUGGCCCCUAUCAAAGCUCUGUGCAGUCAGUGCUUUGAGAGCUGGAAGAAGAAGUUUGGUCCUCUGGGACUGAUCUGUAAGGAGCUUACAGGCGACACAGAGAUCGACGACUUCUUUGAGAUUCAGGACUCUCACAUCAUCCUGACCACGCCGGAAAAAUGGGACAGCAUGACAAGAAAAUGGAAGGAUAACUGUCUGCUGCAGCUAGUCAGGCUCUUCCUUAUUGAUGAGGUUCAUGUGGUGAAAGAUGCGACCCGUGGUGCCACCUUGGAGGUCGUGGUGAGCAGGAUGAAGGCGGUACACGACUACAGGAGAGCACAGAAUCCAGACGCAGGCCUCUCUAUGAGGUUUGUGGCUGUAUCAGCCACCAUACCCAACAUCUCUGAUAUAGCAGACUGGCUGUCUAAUGAGAGCGGUCCAGCCACAUAUCUGUAUAUGGAUGAGAGCCAUCGCCCGGUGAAGCUGAGAAAGGUGGUGCUGGGAUUCCCGUGCAACCCAAGCCAAACAGAGUUUAAGUUUGACCUGUCACUCAACUACAAGAUGGCCAACAUCAUACAGACUUACUCUGACCAGAAGCCUGCUCUUGUGUUUUGCUCUACCAGGAAAGGAGUCCAGACGUCAGCUGCAGUUCUGGCCAAGGAUGCUCGAUUCAUUAUGAGCAUUGAGCACAAGCAAAGGUUGAUAAAAUAUGCAAACUCUAUUCUGGAUACAAAACUGAGAGAUCUGGUCAUGUUAGGAGUUGGUUACCACCAUGCAGGAGUUGACUUGUCAGAUAGGAAGCUGAUAGAAGAGGCCUUCACUCUGGGAGACUUGCCUGUUCUCUUUACUACCAGGACUCUGGCCAUGGGGGUGAACCUGCCAGCUCAUCUGGUGGUGAUCAAGUCCACUGUGCAGUAUGUUGCAGGCUCCUGUGAAGAGUACAGCGAGGCUGACCUGCUGCAGAUGAUAGGCCGAGCUGGAAGACCACAGUUUGACACAUCAGCGACUGCAGUGAUCAUGACCAAGGUCCAAACCAGAGAGAAGUAUAUGAAACUUAUGAAUGGGAUGGAAAUCAUUGAGAGCAGUUUACACAGUCACCUGGUGGAGCACCUGAAUGCUGAGAUUGUUCUCCAAACCAUCAGUCAUGUCAACAUGGCUCUGGACUGGAUACGCUCCACCUUCCUCUACAUCAGAGCCCUCAAGAACCCCACACACUACGGUUUCUCUGCUGACUUAGACAGAUAUGGAAUCGAAGCCAAAUUGCAAGAACUGUGUCUGAAGAACCUCAACUCUCUCUCCUCCAUUGGUCUGAUCAACAUGGAUGAAGAUAUCAACAUCAAACCAACAGAGGCUGGCAGGUUGAUGGCAAGGUACUUUGUUGCUUUUGAUACCAUGAAACGGUUCUGCGAAGUGGCUGGCACGGAGACGCUGUCUGACCUGAUCGAGCUGGUGUCAAAGAGCAGAGAGUUCAGCGACAUUCAGCUGAGAAUGAAUGAGAAGAGGCCCUUGAACACCUUAAACAGGGACAAGAACAGGAUCACCAUCAGGUUUCCUAUUGAGGGAAAGAUCAAAACCAGUGAGAUGAAAGUCAACUGCUUGAUUCAGGCUCAGCUCGGUUCCAUCUCAAUUCAAGAGUUUGGACUUACACAGGAGACAGCAAAGAUCUUCAGGAACGGGAUGCGCAUCAGCAAAUGUCUGUCAGAGUUUCUGAGUCAUCGAUACAAGAUGGGUUUCUCUGCUCUGCUCAACGCCCUGAUCCUAGCUAAGUGCUUCAGAUCAAAGCUUUGGGAGAACUCACCCUAUGUUUCCAAACAGCUGGAGAAGAUAGGCCAAUCUCUCUCAACUGCCAUGGUGAACGCUGGACUCACCACUUUCAGCAAAAUAGAGCAAGCCAAUGCCAGAGAGCUCGAGCUGAUUCUCAACAGACAUCCACCAUUUGGCAACCAAAUCAGAGAAUCUGUCAUACACUUCCCGAAGUAUGAAGUCACAUUGGAGCAGCUUCCAAGGUAUAGCUGUGCAAUAGCAGAGAUUGUGGUGAAGGUGAACGUAAAAAACCAAGCACAGCUGCUGUCCAGGAAAACAGCUCCAGACCACCACUAUGUCUCUCUGAUCAUCGGAGACUCUGACAACAAUGUGGUCUUCCUACAGAAACUCACGGACUUGGUGCUGUUGAAGAGUGGUAGCUGGUCGAAGAAGAUUGAGGUGGCGAAGGCCUCAGCGGGAGAGGAGAUCAGUGUAAAUCUCAUCAGCUCAGAAUAUGUGGGCUUCGACAUCCAGCAGAAGUUCAAUGUGUACUACUCUGGAGCCAGGAGGUUUGGCACCUAUUUAGGCGACAAGAGACAGUGCAACCACUUCUGCAAGAACAAGGAUCUUUGUGGCCACGACUGCUGUAAAGUAGGUGUAACUGUGGCACGGAAGAGGUCAGCAAAUCAAGAAUCCAGUUUCUCUUCCUAUUUGAAAGACCUGAGGAACAGGUGUGACACACUGGCGCAGACUCCUGUCAAACGACUCAAGAUGAAAAUGAGUGAGGAGUCUGUGUCUGUCAACAUACAGGAGUUUGCUUACAAACCCAAAGAGAGGCUUCCUGCUGUUUCCUGGUAUGGGAUAAACCACUCUGAAGCUUCAGGGAGACUUCACACUGAGACCAUAGAUCUGACAGGAGAAGACUGUGCUCAUCACACAGAUGUAGUUAAUCUGGACGACUUUGACAGCGAUUAUAACGACUACGUUGGGGACAUGCACAGGAUGAUGGAAACACCUGUCCAAACCUCUGCUGCAUCUCAUGCUCACCCUCAAAGUUCGUCAGUGUGGAUGAACCCAGGAACAAGUGGCUGGAGUCAAAUCCCUGAACAGCAUCUCAACCAAAUCAAUACAUCCAACCCAGCUUUCUCAAAGAGGUCCACUGUGGUAACGAACCAGGAUACUCAGUGUGAAACAGCUUCAUCCUUACAAAUACCAGCAAUCACCUUUGACCUUGGAAAUGAAUGGGACAGCUGGGGUGACUUUGAUGAUGAGAACUUGGUGCAUGCCAAGAACGAGCAUCUUCAGUGA